AUGGCGGCAGCUGCGGCCACAAUCUUCGUGUGUCUCCUCGUUGUGGGAACGUACUCGAUGUACCUUGUUCUGGACGAUGCGAUUGCACCAACCCCUCCGCCAAUAUCGAACAUUCCAGUGUCCGCAACUCCGCCAGGGGGUACCCACGUGAUUGCAAUGACAGAGAAUCCACCCGAAUCGUUUGCGACGAUAUCUCCAUCGCUGGUUCCUGGUGUCACGAUUGGAUCAAAGGCAGGAGGUGUCGCAACCACGAUUCCGAAUCCCAAGUUGGGCCCAGACAUGUGGAUGCUGCUGUACUUGUUACCUGUAGUAGCGGGAUUCUUCUUUGGGUUUUUGGGUUCGAUUCCCAUCGCUGGUCCAACGUCCGCCAUGGUGCUCAAGAUGGGCAUCCAGGGACAGUACUGGGAUGCCCAAACUGUUGCGCUUGGCGGCGCCGUCGCCGAAGCGACGUAUGCUGGCGUGGCAUAUUGGGGCUUUGGCAGUUUCUUGGUUGGAGUCGGGUGGCUGCUUCCCGUGUCCAAAAUUCUCGGAGCGUGCAUGCUGCUUGUGGUCGGCAUAGUUUUCCUUCGGCUGGAAGUCCAGCCUCAAAUCGAGUCCGACUCGAACAAUGCAAGCGCCAAGAAUUCGUUUGGACCAAGUUCUGCUCGAGCGUUGAUGGCCAAGCACUUGCUGUUGGGUUUUACCAUGUCAGGGUUCAACCCAGCACUCUUGGCUACGUACACAGGGGCCCUCGCCAGCGUGUAUCACACGGGAUACCUGGAGUUCACGCUGUUUUUGGCCGUGUUUUUCAGCGUCGGCGUCGCGUGUGGCAUUUCUACGUGGUUUUACAUCCUCUUGGCACUGCUCAAGACGUACAAACAGCGGCUCAAGAAUCAAACCAUCGGCGCCAUCUUGCGGUGCAUGGGCAUACUUCUCAUCGCGCUCGGGCUGUACUGCACCAAAUCGGCAAUUGAUUAUUUCUUACUUUGA